UAUUUCUUAAUAUUUGAGAUACUAUCAUGCCUAGUGCAGACAAUAUGAAGCAGAUCUUCUCAUUUGCCUCUCUUGUGAUACUCUUUCUGUCAUUGGGAGCUGCUGGCACUUCUCUUGGUCUCCUUCAGGCUAACACUAACAAUGGAGUAUAUGCAACUUGCCAUUUUUUCAUUUCUUAUACUCAAGCUAUGAACUCAAGUCUGGUGAAUUAUAAUGUACCCACUUGUAAGUUGAGUAUAGCAAGUGCUACCAUUGCUACAAUAUGUCUGGCUCUGCUAACUGCCAUUGAGCUAAUCAGUGUUUCAUUUAAAAUAUAUGUCAAAACGUUUAUUGCUAAGAUUAUUCAAGUUGUAAUAUUUGUUGGUUCUAUUUUGUUCCUAUUGAUUACCAUGAUUGUGGUUACAACUGGCUGGGAAAAGACCUGUGCUACAUACAAAAACAUAACUCGAACAGGUGGUACUCCAGGAUCAGUCUUUAACCUUGACUGUAAUGGACCACAAUAUAUCUCUGAUAGUUACAGUUCUAGCAUUGGCCCUUUUCCACCAAAUGGUGCAGAAAUCAUAACUGCUGCUGUAUUUGCUGGUGUUGGUGUUCUGUUAGCUGCUGGAGCUCUUUGUGUCUAUAUUGCACAACAACUGAUGUACAUCAGGUCUAAUGAUGAGUCACCUUAUUCCAGGGAGCUGAACACUAACAUGGAGAACAAUGACAAUGAUGAUUAAUUUUUUAACAUUAAUUUUUAGCAAAUUAGUACUGGCUAUCACAUUAGCCAUUGAUUAAAUAGAUUUAAAAAAACAAAUGUGGUGCUAUUGUUAUUUUUAAA